GCAGCGCGUGGCACGGGGACCCCGCUUUACAGUGUUGCUGGACUUUCUGUGUGUGUUUCGCUCUGCAACCCGCACGAUGGGAGCAAACUUCACGAGCUGUUGCUGGCUGUUUCGAGGGUGGCUCGCGUGCCUCGCCUUCACCCUGUGUGUCCAGGGGAACCGCGCCAAGCCCAGUUGCAGCCCACACCAGUACCCAAGAGGAAAUAAAUGCUGUGAAAAAUGUCAACCUGGAACAUUCCUGUUUGCCUCUUGCAACGACGACGAGCAAACAAUUUGCAGGCCAUGUGGGACAGACGAAUACCAGCCAGACUAUAACACAGAGCAGAAGUGUCUUCUGCAGAAGUUCUGUGAUGACGGUAAAGGCUUUUAUCGUUCCAGUCCCAGCAGCCGCACACAGGCUGAACCCUGUCAGUGUAAAAAGGGCUACCAGUGCUCCCGAAUGAACUGCGAGUUUUGUGAGCGGAUCCCAUCAUGCAUUGCAGGUCAAGGACUCACGGGCGAUCCUGGCCACCAGUCGUGUAAGGAGUGUGAACCCGGCUUUUUCUCAGAUUCAAACUCGUCAGAGCCUUGCAAGAAGUGGACAGACUGCAAGGCCAUUGGCAAGAUGCAGGAGAAUCCAGGGAGCGUGAAUAAGGAUGUGGUGUGCGGGCCACCCUUUGGACCGUCCACCUCAUGGGCUAUGGUGGCUGUACCCUGUGGCAUUAUAGUGUUACUGGCUGCCAUUCUGUCCUGCUAUAAGGACAAGCUGAGCAUCUUCUCAGUCAACCUACGGACCUGCGUGCAGAACAUCAAACGCAGCAGAAUUCAGCAAGAGACGCUGACGCCCCCAUACCAUAGCUCAGGACUACAGAACAGCCCUCUGUACGAGAUCACGUCUCACCUCAUCCGCCAGGAUGACAAUCCUCCAGAAUACCUGAGAAUGUGUUCGGAAACCAAACUGAACGACGGUGGUGCCUCUGGCUCAGUCCUGACGCAGAGUCAUGGGCAGGACCAGGACUCUGGCGGGUUGGACCUGAAACGGGCUGACGGGUCCUCGAACUCUUCCUCGGCCGACGCCUCCUCGGGAGGUCCCACCUCGCCGCUUUCCGGAAGCACCUGCAGUUGCCUCCCUUCUAUGAAGGAACCAGUGGAAGUCGGAGACAACGAGGACUGCAGCCAGCUGGUGGCGAUCGGCCCGGCUGGGUGCUGCUCCUGUGGCCAGGGGGACGCUGUGGAAGUCGCAGGUGAGAGAGGUGGUGCCGUGACCCAGAAGGAGCCUCCUCUGUGCAGAAGCUGCUACCCCGACAGGCUCCCCAGCUGUCUGCAGGGUUCUCAGGAGCUCUAUCUGGACUCCAGCAGGCCUGCAGGCAGGGAUGGCGCGUUACAGGUCAGGGGUCAGCGAUACAGCAGUAGACAGAAUGAGCCGUGCUGCUGUAGCAUAGACUCCACCACCAUCCCGCCCACGACUACACUCGGCAUAACCAGUAACCGAGGCCUCUCGCUUAUCGAUGGCACAGACCGCCUGUCUGACCCCGAUGCACACCUGGAGGUCGUAGGUCAGCGCUCCGAGGCUACUCUCACCUGUGGUCAGGGGACAGACAACGACACCACCCCCACAUUCAUGUCCAACGGACAGGUGACGAAUUUCACCGGAGACGUGAUUAUGGUGUACGUCAGCCAGACGUCCCUGAACAGCGGCAGCAGGCUGGAAGAUUCCUGCGCCUGCUCUAUCCAGGACGGGUCAGGAGAAGGACGCUGUCAGCCUGCCGUGAAAUACUCUGCCCCACCACCAGAGGGGGGCGCGCAGCUGCCUCAGGAAGUGGCAAACUGGCAGCCUCAACCCAACCUCUCUGUCUGAACUGCACUUCCGUUCAUCUUGGUUUUUCUAUUGAUUAUUAUUUUGUUGGCCGAUUUACCAUGUAGCACUCAGUGUGCUGUUUUAUUCAAAAUGCCAUGCAUUUGUUGAUCCUAAUAUGGUGGUUUCUUUCUUGUUGUUUUGUAAUCAGUAUCUGUAGUGCUAUAAUAGUACAGAUGUAUUUGAUUUAUGUCUGCCACUAGCUCCCGCUGUGCAGAUGCGCCCCGUGUUGUUAGGCCAGAGAACUCACAUGUCUGUGUGGGACGUGGUAAAUUUACGAUUGAGUAGGUUGCCAAAUUCUAUCACAAGCUAUGUGUGCUGGUCCUUCAACCCUCGGGUCUAUUCCCCGUUCCUGGGCCUUUCUAUAGGAGAGCCAGGGCACAUCUCACUGACAGAUUACUUCAUGGAACAAAAUGGAAGUUCUGCGCAAGCUCUGUGGAAGUUCUGUAAGACACUCUGUGGAGACUGUAAGAUUCUCUGUGGAGACUAAGACUCUCUGUGGAAACUAAGACUCUCUGUGAAGAGCAACAGUGGGGACAGUUAACCUUUUACUCUCUUUGAAAUGUUUUUUUUUUUUUGAAAUGUUUUUUUUUUUAAAUUAUUUUCCAUUUAUCAGGGAAAUUUCAUUUUUCGGAUACAGAGAAGCAUUUGUUGUUUAUGGUGGCGUUAUCAGCCACUUCACACAUCUGACCAUUCAGUUUUACUGAAGGAAGAAAAAGAGAGAGUGUGUGUCUGUGUGUGUGAGAGAGUAACUGUGGACAUUCA